GGAAACGACAAGUUAGACUUAACAUAAUCAAUAAAUGGAAGAUGCAGAAGAACUGCAACGCAUAGCUCCUUGCCCUUCUCUAGCUGUUGAAUCUAUAAUCCGCGUCGGAACGGCUGGUGCAAUCUGGGGUCUCUGUGCUGGUCCUUACGAUGCUCGUAAACAAGGCCUGACUGGCGUUUCUCAUGCUGCUUUUGUGGCAAAGUCGAUUGGGGGGUUCGGCUUCCAGUGUGGACUUGUUGCUGGAAUUUUUACUUCUGCUCGAUGUGGGCUUCAAAGAUAUAGAAGAAAGGAUGAUUUGGUGAACUCUCUAGUUGCGGGUGCGGCAGCGGGGGCAGCUGUUGCUGCUAGCACACGAAGCUGGAAUCAAGUCGUGGGGACAACUUGUUUAGUUUCUGUCUUAUGCACUGCAGCUGACUACUUCAAACAAGUUUGACAUGCCUCUAGGCGGUGUACCCAAAGGUCCUCUCAUUCUCAGCUUGUUAUACAUCAAACACCAGUCUAGAUCUCAUUCAUUCAUUGUUUAUUUUUUAUCUUGGCUGGAUUUCUCAUAAGGAAAAUAUGUGGUAGAAUAGAAACAUUUUCUUUCUUCUUCAAGUCUCAAAGUCGCUUUAUUUUACUACAACUGGAAUGAGCUCAUUAUUCUUGAACCGUUUGUGUAAUGGGUUCAUUGAAGAAAUUCUCUUAGCUUUUUUUCCCCUUAGACAUGUAGGAAAUUUGGUGAUGAAGACUUGAAACAUGUAGAAAUUACGCUUUCCUUAAUGCGUUAUUU